AUUACGUGAGUGUAUCCAGUUACGUCCAAUUUUUUUUUAUUGUGAUUUUACGCUUGUGAUCUUUUUUUUUCUGGAAAAACUAAAGGAAACAAAAAAACUAAAAGUUUAAGCAAUUUGAUAUCGAUAAAACGGAACGUUUGCAUUGUGAUUGGCAAAGAAUAAAGCACAUUUGAUUAAAAUGAAAAAUUCACAAAGAAUCACACCGAAAAUUCCCGAUGGAAUGGUGGAAUUAAUGAAAAAUCUCGCAAAAAGUGUGUUGAAAGAGCAACCGGACAAUAUUUACUUGUUUGCUGCGGAAUAUUUUGAGAAUUUGGUACGCGAACGUGAUGGCAGCUUGGACAAAGGAUAUUCAACAUUUCGUAAGUACGAUGAUGUGAUUGCGAAGCGACGUGGCGGUGACGUGUGCCCGCGAUGCAAUUGUACUUUACAUCCGGAACGAAAGGAGGAUGACGAACCAGCUGAAGGUGAAGGAAAUAGUUCACCAAGAAAUGAUGAUGAUGAAAAGGCGCUUGAUAUGAGUGUGAAUGGUGUUGCAAUUAAAGCGAUGCCACGCGAUGGCAAAUCAUCGAAAGGCCAGAAGAGUCGACAACGUUUGGAAACGAUUCGCAGUGUGUCAAUGGACAGUGCCAUCGAAGAUGACAGCAAAUCGCAAUUAACAUCACCGAAAUCAAAUUCACAAGACAAACCCAUUGAUCCGCAGUUGAAUUUACACAGUUUGAGUGCGUUGAGUGCAAUUAAUCCGAAUAUUUUGGAUAACACCAAUGAACACAAAGCUCAUGAGUCCACUGAGAACCGUGAAAAUGAAUCAAAUGAAAACGUUGAUGAAGGAAAUGCUGUUGUCGAAUCGCCGAAGAAUGAAGAAAUUGUUGAGCCACUUUCGAAUAAUAAAUUACCCACAGAUGAUGAUGUUCCCGAUACUCCAACAAAUGACACCAGCUUAAGUGAAACAAUUACCGACCGAACUGUAAUUGAAGUUGCCCCGUUGAACAGUGAAUCAAAGAACGAUGAAUUGAACACAUCCGAAUCGACUCAAGCGGACGAUUUGGAUGUGAAGCCAAAUACCGCAGACACAAUUCCAACCAUUGUCACGGAAUCGAUUGAAGAACAAAAUCCAAUCGAUGAUGGUGAUGUGGUUAAAACAACCGAACCGGCUGAUUUGCAAUUGGAACAAGUGAAGCAAAUGGAUCGUUUACGAACACCAGAAAGCGAUUCGGGCUUAUCGGAAAAGUCAUUCAAUCUCAAUAUACAAGAGAAUGAGGAGUCCGUUACCAAUGAAGUGAACGAAGCCAAAGAUGAACCAGACAAGCUAUUGAGCGUGAACGAGAAAGAAUUUGAUGCAACUUCCAAGGAUGAUUCGGGUAUUGUGGAUGUUGGGGAAAAUCUUAUCACUUCGCAAAUGAGUACACAAAACGAACUUGCGAAAGUGGCCGAAAAUGAAAAAGAAAAUGAAGAGAGUAAACCAACUAAUUUAUCGGCUGGGGAUGAUGAAAACGUCGAGAAUAUUGUCGCCACUGAAGAACAACCCACAAUUGACAAUGUGAAUGCAACUGAAAAUGUUUCAGAGAAUAGGUCGCAAGAAAUGAAUGAAAAUGUUCCGAAGGAAAAAGAAAAAUUGCCAAAGACUACUGAGAGCAACGUUUUGAAAGAAAAAAAUGAAGCCAUGCCGCUAUCAGCUACCGCAAGCCAAAUUGUUAGAAAUGAUCCUGUAAUUAAUGUCGAAAACCAAUGCAACGAAUUGUCAAGUGAAGAAAAGAUGGUGCCAGAUUCAACUGAACCUGAUUCCAAAUCAAACUUGGUGGAAACGACAGACAAUAACCGCGAAAAAAUCGGGACUGAAGCAGACGCAACGGCAAUGACACCAGAGCAAGAGAGCGAAAAAUCGGCGGAACCGACUAAUGGCGAACCUAAAACAGCACAAUCACUUGAAAAUGUAGCACAAACACAAGAGAAUAAAGAACAAAGCGAGGAAAAGCCACAAUCACCAGAUAAAACCGUUAUAAAUACGAAAGAUGAGCCUGAUUCAAAUCAAACAGAAGGAAGUCAAAAAAUACUUUCUAACGAGAAUGAUCCAAAUACAAGCGAGUCUACAAAAUUAGAAGAAAUUAAAGAACAGCCAUCAGACGAGACGAAAUUAUCUGAUGAAAGUGAAAAAACCGGAAUUGAAUCGAAUACUCAAGUCAAUGAAGCUACAAAUGAUGACAAUAAAUCCGUUAAACACGCUGCCAAUGAAGAGCCCAAGGAGAUUAACGAACAAGUCAACAAAACUGAUGAAAAAGAGAGCGAUGUAAAAACAACGCCUGCAGACAUAGAAAAAGAAAAUAUUAAUGCCGAAAUAGCUGAGCAAAGACAAGCCACAGCCGAUUCAAGUAAACAACCUGAAGAGAUCGAAGAAAAGUCAAGUGAUACUUCGAACGAAGAAAAUACAGUCGAUGAAACAAAUAGUGAUCAAAAGCAAACAGAAACAAUCAUCAGUUUGGUUGAGCAUGAUGCUCCAAAAUCAGCUGAUCAAACGGAUAAAAUCGAUAAUAAUUUGAACGAAACGUCAAACGAUGUAACAUCAGCACAAGGGAAAAACCACAGCACAAACAAAGACGAGCUAAAUUCAGAUGAAAAUACACCAGAAAUGAAGAGCGAAAUUGAGACAGAAUCCUCUACAGAGAAGCAAUUGGAAGAGGAAAAAAACAAGAGAAAUAAACGCGAAAUUGGCAGUAUUGAUGAAGGUUCUACGAAGCCAGAAAUGGCCGAUGAACAGCCAAAUAAUGCAAUGAGCACUGAUAAAUUACCGUCACCAGAAGGAAAACCACAAGCUGAUGCACUGAGUUUAGAUCGGGAACAUUUGAAAGCUGAUGACGAAAAUAGUAGCGCAAACCAGAAAGCCACGAUUGACUCGAAUAAAAAUGCUGUUGAAGCAGAAACACAUGACGAAAUAUUGAACAAGGAUACAAUAAGUGAAAAAGAUUAUGAAGUUGUUCCUAAUUCUCCUGAAAAUGUUGAAAAAAUGGGUAAAGCGGCAAAGAAUCGGCAAGAAAAAACCAGCAAUGAAGUUGAGACUGACGUCAUACGCGUGGAUUCAAAGCCACUGAAGAAUGUGUCCAGUGCAAACACCAAACAAAAUGAAUUGCCAUUGGAUGAUAAUAAUAAAGAUAUAGAAUCAAAUGAUGAAAAGAAUGGAACAAAUGAUGAACUAGACCGCACUAGUUGGGAAGAGGCAACCGAUAAAAUCGCCGAAAAAGUGACCGAACGAGAUGCUCAUAUGCGAAAAGUGUCUGUAUCAAGCUUAAUUGGUGAUAAAGAUAAGGUCAACGAUGAAGAAACUUCACAGCCUAAGCCUGAAUCAAGUGAACAUAAUGCAAAAGAUAAUAAUUCAAUGGAUAAAGAUGAACAAUCAUCGGACAAUUUAGCUUCUACCGAACAAAGUGCGGUGGAUAUUGAGCAAAAGUCUAUUAAUGGCGAUCAAGAUGAAAUAGCCAUAAAACCCGAGACACCAGCCGAAAGUGAAGCGGAUAAACAACUUACUGAAGAUACCAAAUCAUUGGCCUCUCUAGGUUCAGCUGAAACGAAAUCAAUCGAUCAGAAUUUUCUCAAUAAUAUUUCAGAUGAAUCCAAAAAAGAAGGGUUUCAAAGUGUCGAGGGAACUGAAAACGAUAAAUCAACAUCGGCCAAAGCGAGCGAAAAUGAUUUACAUGGAAUUGACAGCAUUUCAAAUGAAAAUGAUUCUAAAGUUAUCACUGAGAGCGACCAAACAGAAAACCACAUGGAAAAUGACACAAAAUCGAUUGAACAAAAUGAUGCCGGAAACAUUUCGAGCGAAACCAAACCAAAUGAGGCACAAAGCAAUGAAAGUGCUGAGAAUGACAAUAAAAAACCAACAUCACCAGAUACGAAUAAUAAUGACAGUAAAAUUUUAGCUUCUGUUCAAUCCGAACUAGAAAACCGUAUUGACAUCGAGCAAUCUGAAACGAAACUGGAUCUAAAUAUACCCGAUGAAGCAUCGGAUGAAGUUUAUAGUACGCCACCAGAGUCAGGCAACGAACGAAGUGCAAAUACAAAUGGGAAAAAUGACGAAGUAGAUUCUAAAUCCGCCACAGGUGAUAAAUCAAAGGAAAAAAAUCCAUCACAAUCGGCUGAUUUACCAGAAAAUAGCACCGACACUUCGAAUACAUUACAAGAUGAUUCGCGCGAAGGCGUUGAAAAUGCUAAGCACGAUGGAAAUAAUGAAAGCAAACCUGAUUCGCCAAAACCGGAACAAAGUAAUUUAGUUGAUGAGGUCAAGGAAAAUCAAACGGUUUUACCUACGGAAAAUACGGCAAGCCAUUCAGAAGGUGUGAAUGAAAGUAUGGAAAAGAGUACAAUGCCAACGGAAGAGCCAAGCGUCGAUGAGCCUGAUGGCGAAAAAGGGGAAAAUCAAAGUGUGCAAAAUGUAAACACCAGUGCAAUCGAUAGAAUGGAAGACACAAUGGCUAAUGAAAAAGCACCAAGUGCUCAUAGUAAAAGUAUCGAUAGAAAAGUUUCAAUUGGAAUUGAACCAAGCAACGAAUAUGACGCAAAGAGUACCAAUGACGAUGUGGCCAGUGAGUCGAGUGUAUCACUGAAGGAUGAAUAUGAACAAGCUGAAACUGAAGUCGUUGGCGAUGAAAGUGUAAAGGAUUUGGAUUUAUCGUCGAAUCAUGACUUGGAGCCAAAUCAAGCAAACGAAAGUGCCGAAUCAGAACAACAAAUCACUGCCCUUGAAAUACCACCAGAAAAUGAUGAUAGUAUCGAUUCGCCGAAACAAAUGCAAAUGCAACCUGACUCAUUGGACAUAUUGGUCGAUUCGCUUGACGCCUCCUUGGAACCAUCCGUUGAUGCCGAUUCACUUAACAUCGAUUCGCUGGAAGAUAAACCGAGAUCGGCCAAAAGUACCGACACCGGCAAAUUAAAAGAUUCAGCAGAAAGCAUCAUCGAAGAGGUAUCGCGUCCUAUUGAUGCAAAAGAUGAAAUGAAUAAUAAAGCCAACCAGGACAAUGACGAUACCGCUCAACCAUCGGUUCAAAAUGAGCCUGAACAAACAACGAAAAGUGAUACAAAUCAUGUAACGCUAUUGGCAGUUCCAAAAGUGAAACGAAGCACGGAAAAUGAGUCUAUUGAUCCUUCAUCGCCAGAAGAGACGGUAAUGGGCGAUUUGGUGGACUAUAAGAUCAGUCCUGACAUAAUGCAUGACCAAAUGAGAAAUGAACUCGAAGUGUUGAGACUUGCAGAAUAUUCGGUUCCCAUUCAAUUGUUGGGCAUUACAGAGGUCAAUUCACCAUUGACUCCGAAACAGGAUCAAACUACAAUAUUCGUAUCGACGCCAGAUGAUACAAAGAAGACAGCUAAUGAUCUUGAACCGUCAAAAGAUGAUGAAAAUCAAAAAUUGCGAUUGGAUGAAUUGAAAACCGCGGGAAACGAAAUUAAAAUUGAGGAUAAAAAAGAAAAAGCUGAUCAUGAACAGGAGGAAACUGAUGCCUCGAUCGAUGCAAAGAAAGCCGACGAACAGUCAGAGGAGAGCUUUGAAGCAAAACAUGAAGAUAGGCUUGAUGAAAAAUCAAAAUCUGCGGCGGAAUUUACGGAGCAAAGUGCAAGUUUUUCGGAAAGUGUAAGCGACUCGAACACGACUGCCGCUACGGAAGAUCAAACGGAGCAAAGCUCUGAAUUUUACUCGACCACAAUUGAAACGUCGGAAACUCAAACGUCCGAAGAUGUCAUCGAAUUGGUUGAAGUGGUGGAAAUUGUGGAAAAGAUAAAAUGUGUGGAGUAUCUCAAGCCAAUCAGCCAUGAUACGCCGAGCAGCGAUUUAUCCGAUACUGAUACAACCGAUAAAGCCGAAAAAGUGUACACCGAAUCUGGUGUAGAUGAAACAUCACGCGACGAACGCGAUGAAGCGUCCGAAAUUGAAAAUUUCGAUUUGUCGUCAUGCGGUGAGGAUUCGCUUGAGGCCAUGUACUAUAUGAUACGCAAAAAUGAAAUCAUAAUGGAUCGACACAAGCAGACGAGUGCCAAAAAUUGUGAAGAUGAAAAGAUCAUAUUUCCCGAAAAGGCAACCGAUGAUUUGGAGCAUGCGGUACGUGAAGUGUCUGGCGGCAAAAAGGUCAAACUAUGUUCAAUUUCAAUGAACAGUUCGGUGGAUGACGUUAUUCUGAAAAAAAUGUCGAGCGACAGUGAUGAGAUACAGAUACAUGUGAUUCCGAAUAGUGAAAUUGACAGCAGUAGCAGUGGUGGUAGUGGUGGUGGUGGCGGAGGCGGCGGUUCGAAAUCAUGUCCAUUAAAAGAGCAAUGCACAGCCAACGAAUCAACGGACGACGAGUACAUCAAUCCAAUUGUCGAUUCAAUGCGAAAAAAUGAGGCAGCUGUAAAUGAAAUGCAGGCAAAAGCGUUAAGUGUUCAGCCGAAUCAAAGUGAAACACAGUCGGACGAACAACUUGAAACCGACACAUUUAACGAAAUGGACGAUAUGAUGCCGGGCAAUAUUGAACGUAAAAUACUCGCGUCAUCGGUAUCCGAGGCAGAUUCAGACUAUUUUGAACUGCCGCCAACAGCAAGUCGACUAACAAAAGAUGAUUUUAACGUAAGUACUGCGUUUGAACAUAUGAUUCGUGCCGACAAUUCAACAACCGAUGAAUCCGAUUCGACUAUCGAAAGCGCAGCUACGAAAAUACAAGCCACUGCACGGGGCUUUUUGACACGACGCCGCAUUAGAAAAUCAAGUGCUGGCACAUCGGCCUCGAACGAAAAGCGUUCAUCCAUUGGCAAUGCAGCGAUCGAUAAAUCGCUUGACAAUUUGAUCGAACAACAAGAAUUGAUGGAAGAGAAUGCAUACGAUGAAAGUUUUGAAAAAAGCUCACCGCACAGCCGUGACAUGGUCGAUAGUCAAACCAUUGACAGUGUUGACAGUGAAAAAAUGCUCGGUAUAACCGAAGUCAAGGUUGAACAGCGUAAGAAUGAGGUGACGAAUCUGAUCGAAAAUGCCGCCAACGAAAACAGUGACGAAAAGGUUCCAGAAAUAAAUUUUCAGGGCAUUUCAGAAGAAAGUGCCACUGCACAGCGACGAUUGAUGUUGCAACGAGGUGACGCAAUGCAACGUAAUUCAACACCCGAGUCAUCCGAACAGCAGCAACAACAACAACAGCAGCAACAAGUCGACAAAGACAAAUCGAACAAAGAGCCAAACAACGAGGAAAACAAUCAGGAUGCAAAAAAUAUGCAUGACGACGAUGAUCCAAAAAUAGACACUCCUUUGGCAAAUGUUUCCAAAUCCAUUAGCAAACCGUUACGGGGACUUGGUCCACGACAGCGCUCAAUGCCGGUGCAAAUUGAUGCACAAGUGAUACGUGUGUUACCGAAGCAAGUGACAAAACGGGUGAAGAGCGCCAGUUCAUCGUCUUCGAAAAAUCAUCGACCAUACUUCUUUUAAAGCAAUUCAACCAACAUUUCGAUUUAUUUCUUGAUAUAUUUAGCCGGUAGCUCAUUUCUAGUAGUAGCUUUAAUCACAUAAAAUCCCAUUUGAAUCAUUAUUAUGUAG